AAAGAAAAAUACAAAGGCAACAAUUGCAUCAAUCAAGGCAGUGAAAGGCAGUAGCAUCAAUCAAGGGAAUUGGACAUUACCUUUCUAUUAUAUUUGACUGACACUAGAUAUUAAAGACCUUCAUUUUCAUCUUCAUGUUACACAGAUCCCCUUCUCAGUUCUCUCUGAUAUAAAAGCUUCUCACAAAGACCCUGUCUUUUACACCAUAGGUCUCAUUCAAGAUCCACAAGAACCGCACUUCCCUCUGCAAACUUCUGAUAAACCCAUUGCUCAACACCAUGUUUAGACCAAAACCCACUUCAAGAUUGAUCCUUUUAACCCUCACCCUUCUCCUAUUAGUCAAUUUCCUAACUUCCAUCAAAGCCUCUGAACCCACCACAGAUGAAAAUGAAGAUGGUGAAUUGGAGGAGCUAUUGGCAUUGGAUGAACAAGUGGAACAAGAAGAAGAGCAAGAAGGUUCCAGUGCCAGUGUGAGGUCCUCAGAGGCAGAGGUGUUAACCAAAGCCCAGAGGAUUGUUCUUGAGCUUAACCAUGACAACACAAAGAGGGUCAUUGAAGGGCAUGAGUUUGUUCUGGUUCUUGGGUAUGCCCCUUGGUGCUCUAGGAGCGCUGAGCUUAUGCCUCAGUUUGCUGAGGCUGCAACUUCAUUGAAAGAAUUGGGAAGCCCCCUUUUCUUGGCUAAGCUUGAUGCCGAGCGGCAUCCGAAAACGGCGUCGUCUCUUGAGAUCAAAGGGUUCCCUACUCUGCUUCUGUUUGUCAAUGGCACCUCUCAAGUGUACACCGGUGGCUUUUCUGCGGAAGAAAUAGUGAUUUGGGCAAGGAAGAAAACUGGUGAACCUGUUAUUAGGAUAAGCUCAGUGACAGAGGCAGAAGAGUUUCUCAAAAAGCACCAUAUAUUUGUUGUUGGUCUGUUUGAAAAAUUUGAGGGGCCUGACUACGAAGAAUUUGUAAAAGCAGCAGCAGCGGACAAUGCAAUCCAGUUUGUAGGAGUAAGCAACAUUGAGGUUGCUAAAGUUCUCUUUCCAAAUGUAAAACCAACUAAUCUUUUCCUUGGAAUUGCGAAAAGUGAGCCAGAAAGAUAUACUUCAUAUGAAGGGACCUUUGAAACGGACAAAAUUUUGCAGUUUCUAGACUAUAACAAGCUUCCAUUGGUUAACAAACUGACUGAAACAAAUUCCGCCAGAGUUUACUCCAGCCCUAUUAAACUUCAGGUUCUUGUCUUUGCAGAGGCAGAUGACUUUAAGAAACUUCUUGAGCCCCUUCAAGAUGUUGCUAGACAGUUCAAGUCAAAGAUACUGUUUAUAUAUAUAGACAACACAGAUGAAAACCUUGCUAAGCCGUACUUAACAUUAUUUGGGCUUGAAGAAUCAGAUAGUACUGUGGUGACUGCUUUUGAUAUCAGCGUCAACUCUAAAUAUUUAUUAGAGUCAGAUCCAACACCAAGCAAUAUCAAAGAGUUCUGCUCAGGGCUUCUGCGUGGUACUCUAUCUUCGCACUUCAAAUCGCAACCAAUACCUGAUAACACAAAUGAAACUGUCCAGGGCAUUGUAGGAAAGACAUUUGAUGACAAGGUUUUGAAUAGUCACAAGAAUGUUCUACUAGAGGUGUUCACACCAUGGUGCAUCAACUGCGAGACCACUAGCAAACACGUUGAGAAGUUGGCUAAGCACUUUAAAGGUUUGGAUAAUCUAGUCUUCGCAAGAAUAGAUGCUUCUGCAAAUGAACAUCCAAAACUGCAAGUAAACGACUAUCCAACACUCUUAUUUUACACAGCCAAUGAUAAAGCCAAUCCGAUCAAACUUUCCACAAAAUCCAGCUUGAAGGACCUGGCCACAACUAUCAACAAACAUUUGAAAGCGAAAGAUAAUGUUGCUAAAGAAAAAGAUAAUGUCCCUAAAGAUGAAUUAUAGAUACAUAUACUGGUUGGUAUACCGAGAGUUCGAGAUAGGAUAUGAUACUGAUUACUGCGUGAUUUAUAACUAGAAUACUGAGGAAGACGUUUUUUUUAAAAAAAAAAAUUUAUGGUCUGUAGGAAGUUAGGCAUGUGGAAUUGGUAUAUACACUCCCUUGUUAAGGCAUCUAGCUUUUCUGUGAAGCAUUAUAUAUGUAUACUUGACAAUUUUGUCCGCACAAAAGUAGCUGCCUAGCUAAAGGUGCAUAUUUAUUCACUUCAGUCAACAGGGAUUUUACUGGCGCAAUUCCUGUUUUUGUGGCUA